GCUUCCCCCGUACCCGCUCCGCAGCUUCCCCCGUACCCGCUCCGCAGCUACCCCCUACCUGCUCCGCAGCUUCCCCCGUACCCGCUCCGCAGCUUCCCCCGUACCCGCUCCGCAGCUUCCCCCGUACCUGCUCCGCAGCUUCCCCCGUACCUGCUCCGCAGCUUUCCCCGUACCUGCUCCGCACCGCCGGGCGGCACUGCCUCCGCAGGGCCGGGUGGCGCGGCCGGAGCCGCCGCGGAGCAGCGCCGGUGAGUGCCGGCCGGGUCGGGCCCCCGCCGCAGGCCAGGAGAGGACGGGACAGGAGAGGAGAGGAGAGGAGAGGAGCCCCGGCCGCAGGACAGGCUGUUUUCCCCGUCGCUGGAGUGCCACGGCGCUGCUUUCCAGCCUCCCUGUGUGGGGAUUUAUGUGUGGAUCAAAUCAGAAUGGAUCGCUAUCGGUAUUUCAUCUUUAACCAGAGGAAUAUGGUCGUGCUGGGUCUGUUCCAGAUAGCCUUCAGCACAGUGUGCGUUGUCAGCGGGGUCAUUGAUGCCUUUUUCAGAACAGAGACUCAGCUGGGCGAAACCAGAGCUCCAAUUUGGGCUGGGAUGGUGAUGGGAGUCCCAGGCGUCCUGGCUUUGUUUUCCUCUCAGAGGAAGAAUCCAGUUCUCGUGAACGUGCUGAUAGUUGCUUCCAUAAUCUCUUGUGUUGCCAUCCUCAUCGUGAUAGUUUAUAGCUCCUUCACACUGAACUAUGGUGAAGAGGAGGAGCUGAGUUCUACCCCAGUCCAUGUUAUCCAUACAAGGUUUGUACUUAAUGAAGUAGUCAAGGGUGCUAAUAUAGCCAUGUUAGCUGCGUCCCUCUGCAGUGCUGGUGUUGUGCUGGUGAUGGCUCACUUGGGAUGCCGCAGCCUUCCACGCUGCUCGUGCUACGAUAGCGUAACUGGGAUGGAAUGGUUGCAACCCAGUGAGGACCAAAAUCAGGCUGUGGAAAUGGUUUGUGCUGUGCAAAGUCGUGGGGGCAGAAUUUUUAACUUCCCAGAUGAGUUUCCAGCUCAGGACUUGGACACAGAGGAAGAUGCAUCCAAGCCUCCACCAUAUAUCAGAAUGGCUUGAAAAAGUGGUCAAACAUUUUAAAGCUACUCAUCUAAAAAUGUGGCCAGACAGAUGUAAGAAGUUCUUCCGCUUUAAGGAUGGUUAUGCACUUUUCCUUGGCCUUUUAAAAAAGCACACACAGACAGAGAGAACUAUUGAAUGCCCAGCGUUCAAGGAAGAUGACAGUGCAAAAUGGAAGAUCUGCUGAUGUUUUUGGGCAUUUAGACAUUGUAUAGUUGAAAUACCUCAUUGCCUCUGGAAAGCGUGGGCAUUUUUUCCUCCAACUUUUUUACUUAAAUCAUGUUUUAUUCCACCAGAAUUCACCAUGCAAUUUGUCUAGCAGUGCUAGCCUUAGGCAUUCAAAUAUUAAAUACAAUUAAUUUUUAAAAUAAACUGGUUGUGGAAUAUUU